AUGCUGUCCGACUCCAGCGGCUGUCGUUGGGAUGAUGCAGAGUUCGUGGUUGUCCGGAAAGGACAAGGACCCAGGCGUGAGGCUGAAUUGCCAGACAAACGUCGGUGGAAAAUGCAGCCCAACCAUCCGGAGGGCAGCGCGCGGACGCCGUUAUUUCAAACGUCGGAAGGGCGGCGCAUGAUACGCAGAGUCCGACGGGCUCCGGGGAGCGUUAAAGCGACUUCCGUUUGUUUGGAGUUGUCAACAGUCAAAACAGAGAACGAACCAUCCAUUGUCAGUCUUGAUUACUUUCUGAAGGCCACUCAGUGA